AUGCUAUAUCCUGACAAAACAAUUUUGACUUCGAAUAAAAAUCGCGAUUAUUCAUCUUCGAUUAUUGAGCAAAAAAUAGAUUUAAGUUUGGUAGUAGAGCAAAAAGAUUAUUCAUCAAAUGAAAUAAAAAAUUUAGACGAUGAUAUUCUUUUACAAGAUUUGGAUAAAAUUAAUGAAAGUAUUUUUCUUUUACAAAAUGAUUAUAAGAUACUCGAAAUUAUACGUGAUGAUAUUCGUAUUUUACGAAAUGAUUGUAAAUAUGAUUAUUCUGAAUUUGAAAAGAUACUUAAAAUUAUAUAUGAUGAUAUACGUAUUUUACAAACAGAUAUAGAAGAGUUUGAAACUUUUCUUUUAUCACAGGAAUUUGGAGUAUAUCAAUGUGGUGGUGUUCGAGCUUAA